CUAUGUUGGUAAUCUCCACCUCAUGCAUGAUAAUUCAGUACAUUAUUUGGAAAGAAGUUGGGCAUGUCAAUGAUUUAUUUGUUUUCAUUCCAACAUCCGGCAUUAGGCAUCCUAAGCCUCCCUACCCCUGAAGCUUGCAUCCUUCGUUACAUACCGACUAAGCCUGCGAUGGCACAGCGGACUAGAAGCCCUUGAAGCCUCCUAUCCAACUCGGGCGGUGUAAGACCAGUUUGUCGGAGGGGGUAAAAUUACUUAUUUACUUUUGGUUUCACGUCAUAUUGGCUUGUUACCUCAAGAUCAGGUUGCAACACAAGCGGCUUUUCUUAAGGUCAUAAAAGUCCUCUUUUUCCUUUCAAUCUCUUUCCUCCAUAAGUGGCUCUAACGAUCCAAACAAAAAGUGAUUAUUCGACUGAGUUUCGAUAAGUUACCGAAAAAAAAACUUGGAGAGGAUAAAAAUGUCUACUUCUAGGGGUACUCCACAUCAAAAAUCAUCGUGUUGGCCUUCCGCACCAGGAGUUUACGUCAACGUUGAAUUCAAAGUUUCGAUGUCUGAAAAUGAUAGAGGACAUGGUGCAUCAUUGAGAUACACAUCUAGAAAUAUGAAGGAAAGGGAGAGAGCGAGAGCAAAUACUCAUUUGGGUGGCAGACCGAUACCAUCGAUAUUAACUCCUGGUUACCCCCAACCUAAUCAUCCGUCUCGCCAGCAGCAAAGACCACAGCAGCAGCAAGAGAGAGAUCGAGGCUUGAGUAUUGGAUUGGAAACACCAGAGAGGGGUAGAUCUGCACCACCGACUAUGAACGAUAGAAGACAACCAGUUAGUCCAGUUAGUCCAGUCAGCCCUAUGAGUGCCAUCGACAGUCCAAUCCAACAACGAAUAGUCAAUCUUCCCCGACAAAACAUUAUGGAUCGGCUAGAUCAACCUUUACCCUCAACACCAGGAAGAUUUCGUCUCGGCGAAGAUGACUUACCAUGGUCAACACCACCUUCGUACUGGAACGCUAAGCCCGACACAUCAGAAAGUGUCGGUCCUAUACGAUUAAGUAUCGAACCCUACCACCCACCUCAAGCACCUCAAGUACCACCAAAUACAACCCCUACCAAACGGAACGAAGAUCCCCAAAGAGUUCGAGAAUUAUCCGAACUUCAACAGGCUAUGAUGACGGUAGAUAGUAUCAGUAAUGAUGUAUGGGAUUCUUGGAUGUGGGAAAGUGUAGGAGAAAUGCCUCGAGGACCAAGAAGUAUUGGAUGGGCAGUGAGUUCAAACGAUGCACCGGAUUCGCCGAGCUCGCCGACUCCGGAAACACCUCCUCCGCCGCCAUAUGUGGUUAGCCAGUGGGAACAUGCUUGUGGGAGGAGAAUUGCAAAUGGGAGACCGAGGAGUACGGGCUGAGGAUCGGGAUUGGGAAAUGUGUAGGAAUCUGUCGAAACAUAGUCGACUGAAGGGUCUCAGACAUAUACCAGCGAGCUUCAUCAUUUCUUCACGAAUUUAUAAUAUACUAGAGGGAAAUGCAUCUACGACAAACAGUCUCUACGUCUGUAUAGCAAUCAUCAAUGGGUUGAUGAAUAAGUCACGAAUGAGUCACAUACAACAACUACUCACCAGAAUCCCAUCUCAAUGUAUAUCGAAUGACAACGAAGGUCACGCUCUCUCGCAUUCUUUUACACACAAUCCUGACACGAAGAAUACCACAAGCAGUAGUUCGACACCUCUCACCACCACUUUUACAAAAAGUGACCCAUGGUCAUGGUCAUGGUCAUAAUUACGCGAUACCCAACAUAACCUACCAAUCUAUUCCGCUCCACUCGACUCUUCCACACCUUUUCACUCAAUAAGUAAUUUUACUUUGUACCGAAAACCCGGUGGAGUAGAGCAGAGCAGAGCAUAUCUAAUUGGGAUUUAAAAUUCCUUCUACAAGGAACAGAAUACGAAUAGUGGAGAUGCGAACCAAUCCAGGGUGGGAAAAAAUAUAGGUAUAGGUACAGGUACAGGUACAGGGUAGAAGCGGAGACUUCUUUUUGAAGUAGUACGGUUUCGUGAGAAGGUUUGACGUCAAAAGUUGGAAGUUUAGGAUGAAGCUUUGAUCAUGGGGGGGAUCUUGCAUGAGGUGGAAUGCAGAUAGAACGCAGCUAGAAUCAGAUAAACCAAUUCUUCAAAAAGAGGAACUGAAAAUUCAAAACAUGAUUAUUACUGGGUAGAUUGUAAGAAUGAAUGAGAUAUAAGAGAGAUUAUAAAAACAAACUAGUU